GCAUCAAAUAGUCUCCAAUAAUCCAGUAAUAACAAACACCGACGUAUCUGACAGCCGCCUUCAAAAACACAACAGCUUCAGUCUGUUUGAUUAAACAAAGUCACCUGUAAAUACCUGCUGUUAGUCCGCUUGCAAUGGGUCGUUUGUGCCGCUGUCACUGACAGUAGUGAGUUCCCAGCCUCGGUGAACCCAACCUGCCUGUCUAAAAAGGCUUUAGCAUGCUGCGAGAGAGCUCCAAGGCGUGGAGCAAUGGCUCGGAGGCCUACAGCAGUGACCCUGAGGAGGACGAGGAGGAGGAAGAGGACAUGGUGUUUGGGGAGACAGAUCAGGAUGGCAUGGCGGAGGAGAUGAUGGAUCUGAGCGACCUCCCCACAGCCCUCUUUGCAUGCAGCGUCCAUGAAGCCGUGUUUGAAGAGGACGUACACAGGGAGAGGUUUGAGGCGUUGUUUAGGAUCUACGAUGAACAGACGACUUUCCAGAUGUUCAAAAGCUUCCGGAGAGUCCGGAUCAACUUCAGCACCCCAGAGGCCGCCGCCCGAGCCCGCAUUGAGCUGCACGAGUCUGAGUUCAACGGCCAGAAGCUCAAACUCUACUUUGCCCAAAUCCAGAAUGGCGACGAGGACAUUGACAAGUCGUACCUGGCCCCUCCCCAGCCCGUCAAACAGUUUCUGAUCUCGCCGCCUGCCUCGCCACCCGUGGGCUGGAGCCAGAGCGAAGACGCCACGCCUGUCAUCAACUACGACCUGCUGUGUGCAGUAGCCAAGCUAGGACCUGGUGAAAAGUACGAGCUCCACGCGGGGACAGAGUCCACCCCCAGCGUGGUCGUCCACGUGUGCGAGAGCGAGACUGAGGAGGACGAGGCGGCGCGGCCAAAGCAACAGAUCGUCCAGACCAGACGUCCCGAGGGACCCCCCAAAGUCUUCAACUAGAGAGGCCUCCCCCUGACACCGGCGCGGACCCCGACCGCCCCUUAAAACCCGCAACACACCUGCCCUCUCUCUCUCGUCUCUGCACUCACAGAGAGCGUCGAUGCCCCUCAUUUCAGUUCAACUACAAGCAAAAACAAACCAACAAACAUUGCUCAAAGACGGUGUUUGUGGGGAGCGUGGCGAUGGAAUGAGGCGGCUUGAAGGGGAUGGAUGAGAAUCACACACACACUCAUCACAUUCUGCGGACAGCCUGGGGAGCGGCGGGCAUGCUUUGCCUCCAACCCCACCCCCCCCCCCCCCACCCCCUCGUUUUCAGCAAGAGGGGUCGAAAAUACCUGUCCCAAACGCAGGCACCUGUCACUUAUCACACACACACACACACACACACACACACAUCAGCUCUCAUUGCUAGUCCUGCUCAGUAGCUUGCUAGUUAGCUUAUUAGCUUGUACCUCUCCCUUCGUCUCGCAGUCGUGUGUACAAUAAUCUUCAGUUGAGGUAUAUGCGAUACCUCUAAACAAAGACAUUUUUUCUUCUUUUUUCUUUUUUUUUUUUUUACAAUAAAUUGUGUUUUCAGAUUAUAGAUAUAUAUAUAUGUCUAUUUUUUCUUUUUCAUCCAUUUUCAUAUCUGCUGGUUUGUUGCUUCAGCUUGCAUCAAGAUUGAGUGUGUGAUGUUCCCGCUCUUGUCUGCAUGUAUAUACUGUAUUACAAAAAAUACGUACAGAAACACAAGUACUAACAAGAUAUAUCAAGAAAAAGGAACCUAUUUAACAUCACACACAGCACGAAGCGCCAUAUGUGACUAACAACGUUGUGGUGGUUGUUUGACUCUUCUUUCUGUCUUUUAUUUUUUGCUUGUUUUUUGCUUUUCGUCUUUUUUAUUUGGAGAGGUGUUGUUUUUUGCUAAACUACUAGAUGUGUAUUCUUACUAUGUAUUUGAUACCCCGACACUUUUUGCAUGCUUAGUUACUUCUGUAGAUGAGGAGCUGAGGUGUUUUUUAUUGUCGUUCGUGAUGACAGGGAAAUAGUGUGACGCUUUUGACGCAAGUGCAUAUCCCCGUGCAGAGUUUAAAGUGACGUCUUCGGGGGGGAAAAAAAAAACUGAAUGGGUUUUUUUUUUUGUGAGAUUGACAGUUCAGUCUUCAACUGGAUGACAAAUUUGCAUUUGUCGCUUUUGUUGGGAUUUGAUGGAUCAGAGACAGUUCAUCCCCCUCAUUUUCUUCAAGGGGUUUGGGAUGUUGAUUUUAUUUUUCAGAUUCUGUUUGUUGUAUUUCACAUCUUUAAUGUCUUGGUUACGUUGUUCGAUCAAACCCACUUUCUAUGUGUCAGGUUUUCUUCUGAAACCUACUACUGCUUGUUUUGCACUGAGUAUCUCUUGAUAUCUCCAAGCAAUUGUGGGGCUCUCGACCGUCUCCUGCUGCGCACCAGAAUACUGCGCUGCUUCUCGCUGUAAAUAGCCGAGCGGUAGAUUUGUGGAAAUAGUCCUUUUAGAUUUUGUAGUUUAACCUGAAAGCAUUUUGCUGAGAAAAGGGAAAAUUAGGUAGCCUCAUGAGAUAUCAACCAAAGCAUUCACUCACCUCAUAUUGUCACAACAACGUAAAACGAUUUUUCUUACUCAGAGACACUGAUGUAUAUUGUUAAAGCGAGCAGAAAGAAAUCAUAUUUUCCCAACAUAACUGCAGUACUUUUUAUUGCAUUAUUUUUUAUUCUACAUUAACACACGUACAUUUUUGCAUUACAUAUUUUAGUGGAAGCUAAUCUCCACUAAAAAUCAUAAACUCAUUGACUUUAAGUAUUUUUUUCCUUUUUGUGUGGUAAAUUCUCCCCACGGUCCCAUUCAUAUCAGUUAUUGAAUGAAACAUGAACAAAUGUUCCUAACAGGGCUUUUGGGUGUCAGCGGUGAGUCUAAACCUUAUUUGUCAUUAGGCAGCAUGAAAUCUAAAAAGACUUUUUUUGCUAUAUAACAAUAUAAGUGAGCAAAAGAGAAGUCUGUCUGCAUGUGAGCACUUUAUUGUCAGUGUUUUGUUUGUUUCCUUCACAUAAAAUAGUCUUUCUUGAGACAAAGUAGGAAGCACAUUGCAUUCUUAUCUGUUUUUUUUUCUUGUGUUUUUUUUCUUUUCUUUUUUUAUCUCAAGCUGAACACCUGGUUAGCCUUUUCACCAGCAUAUUGCAGUGAGUGAAACACUCCACUUCCUUUUUGCUAGUGUGAACCUUGGAUGAAUUUCAGGCCUUUUGGAUCUAUGGAAGUGUACUACUGUAAAGAUGUAGACAGUGCAGUACAGUUAUAGGUUUUAAAUGAGGCAGGAUGACACUGCAAAACAAAAUCAGUGUCUUUUGUUGUCGUGUUUGUCCACAAGAAACAUUCAUCUUAUCUUCAGAGAAAGUUAAACAGUUCUUUGAAAUGCACCGUGUUGGCAGAGUGCAGUUUUAUUGGCACUACAGUAAAGCUGUCACAGUUAUCUAAGCAGACUGCAGAUUGGUGGAACUACUGAGGUGGAUUAUGAGAAAGAGGAAGCAGCCAGCAGCAGGAGGAAGACACUCGUGAAGAUUUUUUUACUCUCUGUGGUCAUGGUGUUUAAAACCGGGUGCAUUUUGGUCACAGUUGAAAUGAAAAUGUAUAUUAAUGUACAUAUGCCAAGUGUUUUUGUCUUUUUUUUGUUGCUGAGGCCAGUCCCAGUGUGCAGUUUGUUACGGCUUAUCUUGGCAAUGUUGUAAUGGAAAAAAAAAAAAUACAAAAAUGUGUAACAAUAAGUCCUGAAGAUGCUCGAUCAAAAACCAACUUGUCAUUGUGUUGUGUUCAACAUGGACUCUGUUUGAAUGUUUCUUUUAUUUCUGGGGAACGUCUACUAAAAAGGUCAAUAAUACCGUUUGUCACUGUUGUACUGUUUCUGUUGAAAUAUGAAUAUUGUGUCUUGUAUUGUAGGAAUCCAGAAAACAAAGUAGCAAAACAAGCAAUAAUUUACAGUUCUAUAAUACCGGUAUGUGUAUUUUCAUGUUCUGUACUUAUUUCUCAGAGAUGGUCUCUGUCUCUUACAGUAUCCGCUUCUAUUUGUGUAGUAUACUAGCCAUUUGUUUCACAUAGAGAAAUACAUAAAGACUUAUUCUUAAAAGCCA